AUGUUCCUAAUUUUAAUAAGUGCAUUCCAGAAAUCCGUUAAAACAAAGCAAAAGGCUGUUCAUCUGAAGGACUCGUCUGAUUACGGCUCUUCGGUGCUCAGGAAACUCGAAGAGCUGCAGGAAAUAGAAAAAUACGAACUGCAUAUAACGAAGGAUUCAAAAGAAAAUUUCCCUCUCUUGCCUAUCUGCAACAAUGGCAAUGUUUCAGCCAAGAACCAGUCACUGCAAACCGGCCAUAGCACGCCGUACAGGGUACAGAUUGUGCCUGAAGUAUCGGCUGAACCUGAGCUGUCUUUCAUCGAAGGCAGUCCGCAACCUGCGGUCGAAGAAGAUAUGGACCGGGCAGUUAAGAGGGUUCGUGAGUUGUUCGGCGUGAAAAUAUCCGAAUUGGAUACAGACCCUACGCAAUUGCUCUUCACGGACCCCUCGUCGUCAUCGACGUCACUGCAUCAGAGCGAAUUGUGUGACAAGCUACACAGUUUGAGUCUUUGCGGUGCCGAGCGUUUGGUACUCCCUCAGGACUUAUUCGUUAUGCCCUCGAUACACCUUGAUUGGUCCGAACUUCGGCAGCUUCGCGAGGACGAUAUGAGCAAAUCUGCAUCGUGCCAGCAGAUUCAUUACGAUUCGUAUGACAUCCGGUGCCACCAGAAGAACCGCCGGAUUUCUGUUUUUCAAUUUAUCCUCGAUUUCUGCCAUCAGUCAAGGCCAUGGGACUGGCACGAAAUUUUCGUUUCACAAGAAAUCGUCUGUGAGAAACUGGGCGAAGGCUCGUUUGCUGAAGUGUUCGCUGUCACUCUACAGGAACGCACCAUCGCACUGAAGGCUAGUAUCCUUCCAGUUGCUGGCAACGUCAACGUUAACGGCGAGAAACAAAAGGGCUUCGAUGAAAUUCUGCCUGAAAUCAUCAUCGCUUCGAGUCUAAGCGAAAUGGUGAAAGGCAGUUGCGUUUCAGCUCCGAACUACCUGAAGCUUAUGCGAACUUGUGUUCUUCGCGGUUCGUACCCGGAGAUGUUUCUGACGGCAUGGGAUGAAUACGCUUCUACCCAUAUGUCGCAAAACGACCGACCAAACAUUUUUGAUGACAGUCAGAUGUUCGUGAUGUUCGUCAUCGAACGUGGUGGGCUGUCGCUCGAGGAAUUUAAGAACAUUUAUGAUCUCCGCGUAAAGAUGUCGUCUGAUUACCGAUCUGAACGCGCUCUGGUAGAGCCUGAUACUUUUCACAAACGUGAAUGGGGUUUUGCCGCAGAAGCUGUACUGACUGAACUGGGCAUUGAAAUUGGUGAGGCAGCCGACGUCGUGUGCCAAGAAAGAACAUCAGUUUUGACGGACAGAAAUUUUUCUUCUGUAAUGACAUGUUAUGGCGGGAAGAACCCAACGAUCCACCUCAGCAUUUGA